GGGCGAGGUAUCGAUCAAGAUUCCCCUCACUUACUACGCAUGAUAACUUUGAAAGAUAUGCAUCGGAACACGACCAGCCCCAAGUCCUUCAUGGCUUGCUUAUAUAGCCCACCGCCGGUCCCAAUCUGGACGACAAUAUCUUGCCUAAGCAACAAUACUUCCUAAAUCGCUCCCUGAAAGCAUGGCCAACUCCGAAGUUAGGGCGGCCUUCCCCGACCGCUCCCAAUUCUCCGGGUUCAUGAAGCCUUGUCGGAUGGAAGGGGAGGUGUCCCAAUUGGAGAUCCUGGGCGAAUUGCCCAAGGAGAUCGACGGGGUGUUCUACCGCGUGAUGCCCGAUCCGCAACUGCCUCCAUUUAUUGAGAAUGACCCGUGGUUCAAUGGAGACGGCAAUGUGUCCGCCUUCCGGUUCAAGGACGGCAAGGUCUCGUACAAGCAGCGCUACGUGCGGACCGAGAAAUUCGUGCGCGAGCGCGAGGCGGGACGAGCUCUGAUCGGCAAAUACCGCAACAAAUUCACCGACGCCGUGGAAUUCCAAGUCCGCAGCACCGCCAACACGAACGUCGUCCACUUCAACGGGCAGCUGCUCGCCCUGAAGGAGGACUCGCCCCCGUACGCCAUGGACCCGAUCACCCUGGCGACCAAGGGGCUGUACGACUUCGAGGGCCAGCUUCCCAGCGUGACCUUCACCGCACACCCCAAAGUCGACCCGCGGACGGGCGAGAUGGUCUGCUUCGGGUACGAGGCGCGCGGGGACGGCACGCCGGACGUAUGCUACUACAGCAUCAGCCGCGAUGGACGAUUCACCGAGACGGUGUGGCUGGUGGCGCCCGUGGUGGCGAUGAUCCACGACUUCGCCGUCACCGAGAACUGGGUGGUGUUCCCGCUGAUCCCGCAGCUGUGCGACCUGGGGCGGAUGCAGCAGGGGGGCGAGCACUGGGAAUGGAGCCCGGAGACCCCGCUGUACCUGGGGGUGCUGCCGCGGCGGGGCGCGCAACCCACCGACGUGAGGUGGUUCCGCUACCGGAACGCCUUCCCGGGCCACGUCGCCAACGCCUUCGAGGACGGCGGCAAGCUGCACGUCGACCUGGGCCUCAGCGAGCAGAACGUCUUCUUCUGGUGGCCCGACGCCGCCGGGAACGCCCCGGAGCCCAGCACGAUCUGCUCGCGGCUCGUGCGCUUCACCAUCACCAUCACCACCAUCAACCCUCCUCCCACUGCCGCUGCCGCUGCCGCUGGGUCGGAUGGAAACCUCGACCUCCCCGCCCCGCGCAUCCUUCACGCCGACAACUCGGAAUUCUACCGCAUCGACGACCGCUUCGCCAUGCAACCCUACCGCCACUGCUUCUUCGAUCUGAUGGACCCCGCCCGCGGCACCGACUUCGCCCGCAUCGGCCCCAGGCUCGGCGGUGGCGCUCCCUUGUACAACUCGCUGGCGCACUAUGACAACCAUACCGGCAGGACGGAGGUCUACUUCCCCGGGCCCGUGCAUAUGGUCCAGGAGCCCGUGUUUAUUCCGCGCGAGGGGUCGACCGUCGAAGGGGAUGGGUAUGUGUUGGCCCUGGUCAGCAACUACGAUACCAUGGCCAGUGAGCUGCAUCUCCUCGAUACCAGGGAUUUCACGCGCGCCAAGGCCAAAAUCUUGCUCCCUGUGCGGCUGCGCCAGGGCUUGCAUGGCAGCUGGGUUGAUGGGAAGGAUGUUCCGUUGCCGGUGGCGUAG